UUUUUUUUUCUUCUUCUUCUUUCCCUUGAGAUCGCUUUUACAACCACUGUGAGUCAAUUCUUCUCUGUCGAAGUAAGGAAGAAAGCGAUAGGUACUUGCUUAGAAUAAGAUCACAUGCUUCGCUCCUCGUUGUCUGCAAACAAGCGCCGUAUUGCCCGUACAGGCCGCUCUAUCUUGAAGAGUACCGCUGCGACUGCUCGUGCUCAGAACCUGUAUAACCAAACACCAUUGGUUGCCUCUUGUUCGUCGUCUGCUGUUGGCUCUGGAUGCACGUCUCUGUGCCGUACUUACUCCACAAGAUCCACUGUUAUCCAGCUGUUGAACAACAUUGGUUCAAAGAGAGAAGUUGAACAGUACCUGAAGUACUUCACAUCUGUCUCCUCGCAGCAGUUUGCCGUGAUCAAAGUUGGUGGUGCCAUCAUCACGCAGCACCUGACUGAGUUGGCCUCCUGUCUGGCGUUCCUGUACCACGUCGGACUGUAUCCGAUUGUUCUUCACGGUACUGGUCCUCAAAUCAACGAGUUGCUUGAGGCUGAAGGUGUGGAACCAAGCUACGAAGAUGGUAUCAGAAUCACCGAUGAGAAGACCAUGGCUGUUGUUAGAAAAUGUUUCUUGGAGCAGAACUUGAAGCUCGUCACAGCAUUGGAGAAGAUGGGUGUCCAUGCAAGACCAAUCACUGCAGGUGUCUUCACCGCUGAUUACCUUGACCAGGACAAGUACAAACUCGUUGGAAAGAUCAACGGUGUCAACAAGUCCCCAAUUGAGGCCUCCAUCCAAGCCGGAGCUUUGCCAAUCUUGACCUCCUUGGCUGAAACACCAUCUGGUCAGAUCUUGAACGUUAACGCUGACGUUGCGGCCGGUGAAUUGGCUCGUGUGUUUGAGCCUUUGAAAAUCGUCUACUUGAACGAAAAGGGUGGUAUCAUCAACGGAAACACCGGUGAAAAGGUUUCCAUGAUCAACUUGGAUGAGGAAUACGAUGACCUGAUGAAGGAAUCAUGGGUCAAGUAUGGUACUAAGCUCAAAAUCAAAGAGAUUAGAGAUUUGUUGAUGCACUUGCCAAGAUCAUCCUCCGUUGCUAUCAUUAACGUGAAUGACUUGCAGAAGGAAUUGUUCACUGACUCUGGUGCUGGUACCAUGAUUAGAAGAGGUUACCGUUUGCACACUAGAAACUCCCUAUCUGAGUUCUCGGAGCCAGAGUUGUUGAGAAAGGCAUUGCAAAGGGACCCAGAAAUCUCAUCUGGUAAAGUGUCUGUUGCUACCUACCUCAGAUCGUUGGAAGAGACCAAGUUCAAAUCCUAUGGUGAUGAGCCAUUAGACGUCUUGGCCAUCGUCAAGGGGGCUACUGAUGCUACUGGAAACGUUCCUGUCUUGGACAAAUUCUUGGCCUCUAAGGCUGGCUGGUUGAACAACGUCUCUGACAACAUUUUCCACGCCGUGAAGAAGGACUUCUCCUCAUUGCAGUGGGUUGUUAGGGAAGAUGAUCCAAAUGCAAACUGGUACUUUACAAAAUCCGAUGGUUCUUGUACCAAGCAUGGUCACAUCUUGUUCUGGUAUGGUGUUGAAGAUCCAAAACAGGUUUCAAAGUUGAUUGAACUGUUCGAAGCAAAGUACUCUCGCAUUCCAAAGACUGAGAGCUCAUUCUCUAACGCCUUUUCCGGUUCUCAACAAUCCCGUGCUUUCUCCACUGUGAGAACUGCAAAGCCAUCCAAGACCCAGCAUGCUCAGAAGAGACCAAUGGUUGUUGCAUUGCCAAAGAGAGCCUUUGGUGUUAGAACUUUGGCCACCGAGACUAACCCAAACCCACCUCUCCGUGAAGGAACCAACACUCAAAAGUCCAGAGUUGCAUUGAUCGGUGCAAGAGGUUACACCGGCCAAAACUUGAUCGCUAUGAUUGACAAACAUCCAUACCUUGAAUUGACUCACGUUUCCUCCCGUGAACUGGAGGGAACAAAGCUCGAAGGUUACACCAAGUCUGAGAUCAUUUACGAGAACUUGCAAGUUGAAGAUAUCAAGCGUUUAGAGGAACGUAAUGAAGUUGACGUUUGGGUCAUGGCAUUGCCAAACGGUGUCUGUAAGCCAUUCGUCGACGCCAUUGACUCUGCUGAUGGUGGAAAGAAGUCCAAGAUCAUCGACUUGUCUGCUGACUACAGAUUCGACAAGACUGGUGAAUGGGUCUACGGUCUUCCAGAGUUGAACUCCAGAGAAGAAAUUGCCAACGCAAGAAAGAUCUCCAACCCAGGUUGUUAUGCCACCGCUGCCCAAGUGGCGCUCAAGCCAAUGGUCCCAUUCAUUGGUGGAACUCCAACCAUCUUUGGUGUCUCUGGUUACUCCGGUGCCGGUACAAAGCCUUCUCCAAAGAACGAUAUCAAGUUCCUGUCCAAUAACUUGGUUCCAUACUCCCUUACCGACCACAUCCACGAGAGAGAGAUCUCGUCUCAGCUCGGAGUUGAGGUGGCCUUCUCACCACACGUUGCGCAAUGGUUCCAAGGUAUCUCCCACACCAUCUCCAUCCCACUGAAAGAGCCAAUGACAUCAAGAGACAUCAGAAACCUCUACCAAGACCGUUACCAAGGUGAACAAUUGGUCUUCGUGUCCGGCGAGGCCCCACUGGUCAAGGACAUCUCCGGUAAGCACGGCGUUGUCGUUGGUGCCUUCGCUGUCAAUGCUAAGCAGAACAGAGUCGUUGUCGUGGCCACCAUCGACAACCUCUUGAAAGGUGCUGCAACCCAAUGUUUGCAGAACAUCAACUUGGCAUUGAAGUACGGUGAAUACGAAGGUAUCCCAGACGACUUGAUCAUCCGUGGUUAGAUAGCUAUCGCUUAAUCACCCUCUACCGU